AUUCAAAUAACGUAACAGUAAUAAAACAAUACGCAUGCGACUAGUCCUACUUAAGACGACAAUUAUUCAUCACCCUGUCAGUACGAAUCCGGUGCCCAAUAAGUGAUUUUCGUAAUCAUGUCCGGGCUCAUCAAAGCAGCAUUGCUGUUCAAAAUAUUGGUUGUCCAAGAGAGCGUUUUUCGCGCAGAAAAAUACCUGCAGGACGCAAACCAUAUUGAGCGCUAUAAAAGUACAUAUUCAGACUUUAGUUCUGAUGACUUAAGCGAUGCAUUAAAUAACUUUGAUGUCGGUCUAGUGAAGUUCAUGCCAGGAUAUCAACACGGCCAUUUUGCUGAUCGUAAAAAAAUACCUGAUUGGUUUGCGAAACCAGCGAAUCCGGAGCUUAUGGGACCAGUUGGUCCUAUUGGAGCUAUAGGUCCUCUUGGUCCAAUUCGUCCUACCUGGCCAUCGUCUCAUGGUCAAGGCAGAAUCGGUCUUCCCGCCAGGCGAAACUCGAAUAACAAUAGAAGGAACAAGAUGUGUCAAAAUUUAAAGGGAUUGCCGGCACCUGAGUCAGGGUGUUGUGGUGUGGAAGAGCCACGCUUCCCGAUUCAUCAACAGAAUCCAGGUUAUCCGAAUGGUCCAUUCUGGCCUGAACCAUGGAACGAACGCCACCGACGUUCAACUGACAGCGACGAACCGCCUCACAAAAUGAUAAGAGGCGGUCGGGCGACAGACUUGCACCAGCUGCCGUGGACGGUGAGGCUGGCUAUCAACCCGCGGCUGAAGGGCCUACACAGCCCGGACUACUGCGGUGGGACCAUCGUGAGCUCCCGAUAUGUACUCACUGCCGCCCACUGCCUGCAUAACACGUUCAAAGACAUUUCGCAACUUGAAGUUUUCUUAGCUGAGUAUGAUACUGAUACCUACCCAGAGGAUUGUAUCACGAGUAAUGGGAAAAAAGAAUGCAUUCAUAAUAUAGUAAAGAAAGUCGAGCACGUGAUAAUACACAAAGAUUAUAACGACACCUACUUGCAGAACGAUGUGGCACUCCUGAGACUCAGCUCCGAUAUACCCUAUACAGAUUUCAUCAGACCGAUAUGCUUGCCGACCGAAGACGUUGCAGAUCUAAAAGGUGAAAACAUUAUCAUCGCUGGAUGGGGUAUGAACGGCAAAAAAGAGACCAACGUGAAACAAGCAGCUAAUGUCAAUUACGUUUCAAAUGACAAAUGUAAAGAACAAUACUCAUACAAAGAUGACAGCAUGUUUUGCAGUAUCGGUGACCAUGGGGAGGACAUUUGUCAUGGCGACUCCGGGGGCCCAUUAAUGGUAUUGUCCAAAAAUAAAUAUUUCCUGUCGGGUGUUGUGAGCGGGAAACGAGGCGGUCACGAAUGCGGAUCCUCGGUGUCCUCAUUGUUUAAUAACGUUUUCUAUCACAAAGACUGGAUUAUGAAACAUCAACCUCUCCAAGGAGAGGUCAAAAUACUGGUCUUGAUUGGUUUGGUGGUGAGAAGCUGUCCUUCCAUCAUGGCACAGUUCACUCUUUCCUUGGUAGUGGUUGUUCUGUCAGUGUUGGUUCCAGCUCUUGCUGGAUGGAACCAGCUGGGAGGUAGGCCCGGUUUUGGGAAAGUUGGCUUCGGCGAUGGGACAUGCUCAGCUAUCCAGGGUAUUCUUCCGGAUCCAAGAUCUGGCUGCUGCGGCAAACACGCUGAAGUUGGAGGUAGUCCAGGUGGAGACAAUGGUGGUGAUCAGGAAGAUGGCAAUGGUAACGGGCACGGUGGUGAUGAUGGCUACGGGCCAGGAGACGACCAUGAUCAGGGAUACAGACCAGGAGGCAACGGCAAUGGCCUCGACUUUGGGAACGGCGAUGACUUCGACUUUGGCAAUUGGGAUCGGAACUCUGGUGACAAUGACUGGGGAGUCGGCAGCAAUGGAAUCGGUGAUUUCGAUUUCGGACGUUUGAUGUUUAAUGGAGAAAAUCGUUUCAAGCGUUCAUCCGAUAAAAAUGCUUCCAAUGUUGCACCCGAUAAAUAUAUUAUUGCCGGUAAACCUGCAGGCAUAGCCCAGUACCCUUGGCUCGUCCAUCUUACUGUGAAGCUCCAGGAUAAAAUGGUUGGCUGUGGAGGGUCCCUCAUCAGCACCCGUCACGUGAUCACAGCGGCCCAUUGCGUUGAUUUCCAAAUCAGCAAUUACGAAGAUGUAAGCGUCUACUUGGCCGAGUACAACACAAGGACAUAUCCCAACGAUUGCGUAGGAAAACAAUGUGUAAAGAAUAUGGUCAUACACCCGGACAAGAUAUUUAAGCACAGCAGAUACAACCGUAACGCACUCCACAAUGACAUAGCCUUGAUGAGGCUUAGUUCAGCAGCUCCUUAUACUGACUACAUUCGCCCCAUUUGCGUGCCUCGUUUCAACAUCAACUCCGCCAAGUACGAAGGAACACCGCUCACCGUUGCCGGCUGGGGUCAGACGGAGUACGGCCAACCGUCUUCAUUAAAAUUACACACCCAGGUUGCCCAAGUACCCCCAAACAAAUGCAGGCAGCACUACCCAGAUAUCACUGAAGGCCAACUUUGCGCUGCCGGGAGAGGCGGUCAAGACACCUGCAUGGGAGAUUCUGGUGGUCCAAUCAUGAUGGAACGUGACGGAACCUUCUAUCUCGUUGGGCUGGUAAGCGGAAAGCGCUCGGACGCUGGGUGCGGGUCGCCGGUGCCUACCAUGUAUACCAGUGUAUUCGCAUAUACGACGUGGAUACAAGAUUUUAUGAGAAAAUAAGCCCAUAGGGUGUCACUAAUCUCAGAGAGUUUCAUUCAAUUUAAAUUAAAUAUGAUUGGCAUGAGUAGGUAUACUCAUUAGUAUAUUUUUCAAAAUUUCUUAUUCAUUUUAAACAUUGGGUCGUUUUAAACAAUAAAAACACAUACAUAUGGGUUUCCAUUUCUGUUUGGAAUUUCAGAUGGAAACGUCCUUAUUGCAUUUAAAGCAUAAGAACCCUUCUGUGAGGGAAAGACACAUAAUUAUAUUGUAAUCAGAAAAUAAUACACUGUUGUUUUUAUUACAGUAUUCAAUAUUUUUUUCAUAUUCAAUUUGAAAGUGAUUAUUUAAUGCAAAAAAAAAUAUUAACCUCGUCUUUAAUAAAUGAUGUUACAAAAUAACAAAAACUAAUGUUCA